UGGAUCUCUGUUUAGGGGCCAGUGCUCUAAAAUGAGUCUCUCUGGGGAGAGAGAGGAGGGGGGCCCUGCCUCUAAAAUGAGUCUCUCUGGGGAGAGAAAGGAGAGGGGCCCUGCCUCUAAAAUGAGUCUCUCUGGGGAGAGAGAGGAGGGGGGCCCUGCCUCUAAAAUGAGUCUCUCUGGGGAGAGAGAGGAGGGUGGCCCUGCCUCUAAAAUGAGUCUCUCUGGGGAACAUGACACCACAUCUAAGAGACCAAUCAAGCAGGAGAGACCAGCCUCCCCUGUUCCCAGUUGUGUGUCCAUGAAGAGUGACUGGUCUAUGGAUCGUCCUAUAGAGUUUAGAAAGGGAGACUUUUCUACUGAACAAAGCCCAAUCAAGCAGGAGAGACCAGCCUCCCCUGUUCCCAGCUGUGUGUCCAUGAAGAGUCACCAGUCUAUGAAUCCUCCUAUAGUGUUUAGAAAGGGAGACUUUUCUACUGAACAAAGAAACCAACAGGAGAGAUCAGAGUCAGAGAUUCUCAGUGGUCAGUCUUCCCAGAGUCAUCAAACAGACCUGGCCUCCAUAUUCAGUAUGCUUGAAGAGAAAAUUAUGACUUUUGUGAAGAACGAGCUGAAGAUGUUCAAGAGGAUUCUUAGUCCAGAACUCCCAGAAGGCUUUGAGAGUCAGAAGCAGGAUAAGGAAGUGGUGGACCCUGAAGAUGAGAAGCAGGAGAGCAGUGCCAGAGAGGGGGCUCUGAAGAUCACACUGCACAUCCUGAGGAAAAUGAACCAGAAGGAGCUUGCUGACACACUGGAGAAAUGUAAGAUCUGUCUGCCUCAUGUUGAAUGAUGUUUUAUAACAUUUAAAAGCUGUAGCCAAAGUACAGCUAAAGUAGCUGUGUAACUCAAUGAUA